UGGUCUCAAAAUUUUUUAUGGUUCCGGCUCUGCUUAUAUUAAUUUCAACAGACAACAGCCAUUUUUCUGAAACGAAGAUCUAUUGUCAACAUGGCAACAAGCACCAGAGAAAGUCGGCGUAGGAAAAUCCUUGAAAGAGGAUCCGACCGCUUGGCUUUUAUUACGGGUCAAGUCCAAAACCUGCCUCCUCAAUCUCAUGACCAAACCGACAGCAACCCUCCUCCGCCGUUGGUUCCCCACGGCCAAGAUCCACCACCCAACUUCUCAAGUCAACCCGCAGUUUCUCCUGAUGUCCAUGAGAAAGCAUCUAGUCCUGUAUUGCUAAAACAUGAUCUUAGUUUUGAUGCUGAUCAGAGUCAGACCAGUGCAUAUAAUGGUGGAAUUGGUGAGGGAUCGAUAUCGCACAGAGGCGGGAUAGGCAUUGAGCCUUCAAAAGAUCCUGCCUUGGAUGCAAGUGGUGAAGUAAAUCCAUUGCCGGUUCCAUUGGAUGAUCAAAGUUCAUUUAUUUCUACUUCAGGGGUGGCUCAGCAUUCAGAAACACGGGCACGACAACAUAACUUUUUCACCCAUAGGCAAAUAAGUUCUGCUAUUGAUGCAUCUGAGAACACACGCCUCUUAUGUUCCGUAAUUAUGGCUAUUUUAGUUGUAUUGUCACAUUUGGGAUUUCCUCUUCUAGAAAACAGAUUCUUGUGGAGCAUUAUUAGCUUUAGGCCUCUUUACUUCAUUUUACUGACCGAUUUAACAGUGGUGAUUGCACGACUACUUUUUCAUGAUCAUGGAGGUUCUGGAAGAGCUAUUAGCGAAGAGAACAAGAACGCUUCCACAGAUGACUAUAAUUGGGCUGAGCAAUUAAGCAAGACUUUGGAGGUAGGAUUGGUAGCGAAGAAGGUGAUUGAUGCAGUAUUAAUGGAUUGCAGCGUAUACUUAACAAUUGUCAUCUGUUGCCUUUCCUUCACAUAGCAAUUCAGCAAGCAUAUUUCUGUUGAUUAGUUUCAGGAUGUGUUAAGCAUUAUUUUGUAUGUUUUUGGCUCCCAUUUGAACUUUUCAAAGCUAAAUAGAUCAAGAAUUGUAUUCUUUGGUGUACUUGGAAGUUAUGUUCUUGUAUUUCAAAACUAUUUUCAAUGAAGUAUUGGUUUGCAUUUUUGUAA